UGCAUAAAGGGUAUUUGGCAGAAUGAACCCUCUACUACAGAAUGGCCCUACGAGGAGUUGGAAUGGGGAUAUGGUGUCUCCUUUCGGACACGGAGGUUGAGACCACGUGCUGGUCCGGAGGAGUUGAGACCUUGAUGAAGACCAGCGCGAAGAUAGGAAACUGGGGAUACCUUCAAAUCUCUCCAAUCAGAGAUGAGUUUCGUCGGAUGAGCUGGAAGAAAGGAGCAAAUGAGAUCGGACAACUUAGGAUCGGCUACUUUUGGUUUCUUCUCCGCCCUCACUACAGCUAUGUACUCCCGCCAAUUCCACGUAUUUGAGCUGACAAGCCUCCAUACUUCUCUUUACCACGUCGUAGAAGUCCCAAGCUCCGAAGGAUCAGAAGGAUUCUUCCACGAUGGACGAACAAGAGAAGAAGUUGAUGGAA